UGUGGCAUCACAAAAGCAUUGGCCUGGAUGGGACUUUGGGGAUCAUCUAAGCCAGCCUUUUGCUCUGCAGGAGAAAUAGUUUACCUGGAGAUAUUUAUUUAGACUAUUCACAAACUACCUACUGAAGGAGAUUUCAUCUCUUCCCAAGUCUUGUGCAGGAAAAGGUGGAUGAAUGAUGAAUCACUUCAUGGUUCUGGCAGUACUGCUCCCCCUGAGGACUUGCUACACUACAUACUUACAGCAAGAAUCCAUUGUGUUUCCAGUAGUGUACCUUAACAUUUCCAAGGAUUUGGCUCUUCAGCGGCUGCUGGUGGCAUGGGAUGUUGGCAAGUCAGCGCAUGAUGCUGAGCUGGCAAUGUCUUUUGAAAUACAAAUCCUUCGAACAGAUGAAACUACUACUGUGUGGACAGAGUUUCAUAAUGUCACACUUGAUAAAUCAGGAAAGCCUCUUCAUUGGAUAUGGGAUUCAGACUUACCUUUGGAGUGCGUGUCACACUCAGUGAGAAUCAGGAGCAAAGCAGAAGUAUCAAAUAUCUGGAGUCAGUGGAGUCUGUGGGAGACUGUCCUGGGCCUGGACACUUCAAAUAAUAGUGGACCACAAAUCUUUCCAAAUGAAAAAAUUGUAGAGGAAGGCUCUGACAUCACUCUUUGUUGCAUUGGAAGGAAAGGUCAAAUCAUUAAGGAAUUCUUUCUAGUCCCAUCUGUUUAUGUUUUCAAUCGCACAAACAGUCAAGUCAGAUUUCUCACUGUGAAAAAUGUGGCACAUCAAGAAGUGCCUCACAUAAGUGUCUACUGUCGAGAGUCUUGCAAUGAAGAACAAUGCUAUGAUAAUGCAGUUUUCUUUGUGGGUAAACCACCUGAUACACCUAAUGAUUUUUCCUGCCAAACUCAAGACAUGAGAACAGUAACAUGUACUUGGAGCCAAGGAGGAGACACCUAUCUUUAUGGACAUCAUUCACCAAAAUACUCCUUGUCUGAAGAGUUUUCCAAAAAAACGGUUCCGUGCACAGUAAGUUGUUCUGAGCAGUGCUCGUGUUCUUGGGAUAUAGGCCAGCAGAGGAUCUUUAAUAUCACAAUGACUGUGGAAAACCCACUGGGAAAGAAAACUGCCAUGGAUGUUUUUGAUGUAACUCACAGAAUUUAUCCCGCUGCACCUUUCCAGCUGUGGGAAAAAUGCACAGAUACAGAAAUCACAUUACACUGGAAACAUCGAAACAAAGGAAUUGAACUCUUUUGUCAGAUCGAAGUGCUCCAACCCAAUGGGAAAGUAGACCUGCACAACACUUCGGACACACAUCUCCAUUAUUCCAGCAUCACCCUGGGCGGACUGCAGCCAUACACUGAAUACACAGCUAGAGUACACUGUGGGGCAGCUAAGCAUUUCUGGAGGUGGAGUGAAUGGAGCGAAGCCUUAACCGUCAGAACAAAGGAAGGAAUUCCUUCAGGGAAAUUGGACAUCUGGAGAGAAAUUACACCAGUUUUGGGGGGGCGGAAUGUGACCUUGUUCUGGAAGCAAGCACCAAGUUUUCGAGCAAACGAUAGAAGUAUUUCAUAUGAAGUAACCUGGGAAAAAGUAGAAGAUGGCUCUAAGCCUGAAAGCGUCUCCUUUUCAUCAGUCUACAAUAGCACAAGGAUUUCCAUUGAUAACCAUUCCUACAGAAUCAGUGUCAUGGCAAAGAACAACGUUAAUUAUUCACUUCCUUCAGUGUUGAUCAUCCCUAGAGCUACAGGUAACAAUAGGAGCACGAAAGAGCUUAAAGAAGAACAGGUUAAUGGUACAGAUGAUGGUAUUUUUAUUUCCUGGGAGCCCAGACAAAUAUAUGACAGUUACAUUAUUGAUUGGUGUAACUUUCCGAUGUUGCAGCCUUGUGAUUUGCAGUGGAAAAGAUUUGGGCCCAACACUUCCAGUGCUCUGAUUAACUCAGCUGCUUUUGUUCCAGGGGUGAGAUACCACUUCCACAUUCAUGGAUCUGUUGCUAACAGAGCCUCCUUACUGGAGAAGAAGACCGGUUAUCUCAGGGAGCUACCUCCUCUGCUUGACCCUGUUGUCGAAAAAGUUGAACUGACUUUCAAUGCAGUAACACUAUCUUGGGAUUCUUAUCCCACAAAUGAGUCACAGUCUGGUUUUGUAAGAGGCUACCAUGUUUAUGUGUCGCCUAUGCAAGAGGACUGCAGUUUGAAAGGAUCCAAAAAACAUGUUCUUCCAGAUGAUUCAGUGCUAUGUAAAUACACAAUUGAAAACCCAGAAGAAAAGAGAUACACCGUGGAACACCUAUUGCCAAACACAAAAUACAAACUAGUGGUUAAAGCAUAUACAGGUGGAGGAGAGACUCCCAUUGUUAACUUCAUACACAUAGACACACCGUUUAACUCAAACACGCUGUACCUUCUAGUCCUGCUAGUGAUAGUUCCAUCACUACUAGCAGCUAUAUGCCGCUGGAAGAUGAAGUGGGUGAAGGAGUGCUGCUGUCCUGUAAUACCUAGUCCUAACAAGAGCAAAGUGCUGUCAUUCAAAGAGUUUAAGAUCGGUCCUGAGAAAGUAUUGAAAAUAAGUGACUGCACUCCUGACAUGCUAGCAGUGGACAAUAAGGCUGAGGCCCAGAAAUUACAUCCAUGGAGCCAGUUGUCUUCAAUGCCAAGAGAAGAGAAGAUUGAUGGUCACAAUUCUUCCUGGAUUUACCCUAAUGAAAAUGAAGAGAGAGACUUUACACCCACACCUACACCUCAGAUUCAUACUUGGUUUGAAAAUUUUGCUUAUUCUUCUCAUCUUGCAGUUGAACCUGAUCCCUGUCAAAUACGGGAGACGCUAGAAGCAAGUAAGCCGGAACUGUCAGUAGUGCUGUACCAGCCACACUACUACUUUGAUAUUUUUAAUGACAAUGCUGCUGCAUCACCCAGAGAAACAGCUGGCAGAAAGACCAGUGUGAGAUAUAUUUCACAAACAGAUGUGCACUGCCUAGGGAGGAGGCUUUGAUGUAUUUUCCUCCAUUGAGUCCAUCCAGUGUUUGGUUACACAAUAUAAGUAAGAAUUUCUAAAACCACAACUUCUCCUUUUGACAAAGGCUUUCACAAGCCCAGCUGCCCUACUUCUGUUAAUGCUGCAAAGCUCUUGCUUCAGGACUAGUUUAAAAAUACCGAGUUGUGCACAGAAAUGAUGCAUGCUAUAGUUUCAUUACAAGUUAUAGGCAUUAUGUAAGAUUUACAGGCUGGUUUGUGGCCUGUGUUACGUAGAAGGUUAGAUCACAGCAGUUUCUCAUAGCCUGAUGCAGAGAACUACUAUGUUUUGCAGAGAUUAAAAACUUACUCAGAAAGUAGAGGAGCAAGUUAAACAAGCAGGUAGGUUGUUGUGCUCAAGGAGUCCAUUUCACUUGCCAUAUUCUGUGUGUGCUUACUACAUGCUUGGGCCACCCCAGCCAGUGUGUACGUGCAGCUGUGCACGGAGCUUUACCCAGCUUCAGAGUAUGCCUCAGAACAGUAACAUUGCGGGGGGGUAGGGGCUGUGGUGGUGUAUUUUCUCUCUCUAAAAUGAUGUAAGGAAUCAACAUGGAAGGGUUACCUGCAUUCAGUGUGGUGCAUUACUGAAAGAUUUGAAGGAACUUUGACAUCUCUAGGAGUGCUACCCUAUGCACCAAAAUCCAAUGAUCACCCUGCUUUUACUUCACCUGUUGUCUAGCUACACGUGGUGGGUGAAAGAGCACAGAAAACAGAUUUUUACAGUGCAGGCCCCUGUUAGUGGGCUGCCACUUCCACUUUUGUUAACUGGGGCUCUUCACACUUCUGCCUUCUCUGCCUGGAAGAAUGACCCUUUGAAACCCUAAACAAAAUCCCCUUAAUGAAACAAAGAACUGGGGGGGGGUUAAGUGGAAAGAAAAGGUUUUUCCAGCAGGACAGGUCUUUGCACAGGUGUUACCAUGGCACUGUCUCUCCCUUGUGCACAUGAACUCUUCUGGCAUUAACCCCUGCACUUAGGUAGAAAGGCCCAAACAUCCAGGUGGGCAUGCACAGUAAUCAGAUGCAUAGCUAUAUUAAUCCUGUUUGCGAAGAACAUCAUAUUCAGGCUGCAUAUCAGCUAGACCUGCCAAACUUUUUUUUUUUUAAUACAUGGAAAAGUAAAGAUUUUUAUUGUAAUGCUCAGAAUCCCUACAGCAGGCAGCGGUGAAUUUGGUCUUCCAUUUUGAUUUUAAAAAAUUGUACAUUCGUAAUGAAGCAGAAUACUUGGAAUUGCAUCUGCAAGUCUCAUCAGAUUAACCUCUGUAGUGCUCAAGGAACCCUUUGGUUUUUGCCUAAUUACAAUGCUGUCUGGGAUCUUUCACAAAUAAAAGAAUUCAACUUAGAAGCACAGAAUAAGCAGUUCUCAAAAGGGAAAAAAAAGAAUGAAGUGUUUUUUAUAAUUUGAUAAUUUGUUAAAAUGCAGUUACUAGCCUUCCCUCUGUUUAACUAGCUAAUCACACUGCCUAAAAACUUAAGCAGUUGCAGGCAGAAAUGAGUUUUGAUACUGAACCACAUCUAGGUUUUAUAUUGUUGCUUAUAGAUACUGUUUCAAUGUCCAUGGGCUGUGUUGCAACGGGAAAACCAACAGGACCUUACCUAGGCUUUGGCCGAGACAAGCAUUGACUGCAGAGGGAGAGGUAUUCAGGCAGGCAAAGGUGAGGUACAAACACACAGAUGGUGAAUUGUGUUAGAGGUAUCCAGUCAACGCACACUGUGCUGCGUCCAUGUGUAGAUCACACACUGAUGUACUUGAGAAGUAGAAAAAAAUGCAGCACAAUCCUUCCUUUCAGCCUUCAGACAGCAGAGUAAGGAAACACAGCUGGUCACAUUCAGCUGAACAGCCGUUUGACAGAGAACAGGGAAGUAACAGAGGAGGCUGAUGCUAUUCCAUGGAACUUUUCCUCCCUUUAUGUUAUUGUCCUUCAAGUUACAGUUAAUUUGAAAAUUUGAUACCACAUUAUCUUUACAACUUAGAACACUUCCUUCUCCAAAGUGUUUCAUUGCAUCAUACGUACUUGUGUAGUUUAAAAGCUUUACUGCUAGAAAACAGGCCAAUAAACAGAAGGGACCUGUUUUGCCACUACCGAAAUAAAACUUCCUAGCUGUGCAUUUCAAAUAAAGGCCAGUUUAUUUAAAAAGGUUUGAAAGGUAUCCUAAAUCAAGAGUUACACAUCUAAGGAAUUCUGACAGAGCAGUCAGUCAAAAAAAGUCAGACUAUCCCACAAAAUAUUUUAAAUUUCAACAUGGUGCAGUUCCUCAUGCUAGAGGACAGCUGUAACAAAGUGCAAAUUCCAACUUUUGAAAAAAAAUGCUAUUUCUAGAACUAAAGAUUAGGAAAGUAUUUUUGCAUGGGUGGGGAAGCAUGUAUAACUUCUAUAUGUAACACAUCUGUCUUGCAUUAAUGGUUGAAUGAGUUCAAAACUGUAAACUGUCUUUUCUUUUGUUUGUAAUUCAACUUUCACAGCUGUUCUUGAAAUACUAGUACUUAAACCAUCACAUAAUGGAAAAUUGUUAGUUCUCAGUAUCAGGAUGCUAAAUUUUUAAAAUAAAAAUGGUGUACAGCCUAUAAAACAGUCCCCUUCUA